AUGUCGAACAACAGCCCCAUCGUCUCGCCGUUUCGAAUCUCGGACAAGGACUGGGAGAAGUUGGAUCGCAACGAUGCCUUCAAGGCCAUUCGGGAGAACCUGAGACGUCAGGAAGUGGGAAUGGAUGCCCCUAGCUUCUGCUCGUUUCAUCGCCAUUCCUGCUCCAAUCAAGAUCAGGAGGAGUUUCGUCUCCAUCGCGAUAUCAUCCACACUUUGCUUCUCCCCUUGUUUUUCCUCCACCACCAGGCUUCGCGCGUCGCGGCCAGUGUGCUGUCCCCGACUAAGUCGGCGGACCCUGAGCGCGCGUUCAGGGGCGAGGCGCGCAGUGCCUAUGCCUGGCUGCAAUGUAUCCUCCGCGAAGAGCACGAUUGGUAUCUGACCGAACGCUGCUCCGCGUGCAUUGUCCUGCAUGUCCUGAAUUCGGAGCCGACGAUCCGAUUCGUUGCCGUGGCAUGCCUGCUGUCGGAUGACUUGCAAGGGCUGAAUCUGCUCAACGCGAAGAAACAGCUGCCGAGUUUCGACUUUUGGUUCGAGACGCUGGAACGCGCGGUUCGCGAGGAUCCGUUCUGGGGCAGCGACUUUUGGCCGGACAUUGAGCACCGCGCAUGCACGUUGACCGACGGCGUUAAACAGCUGGUCGUGCAAUGUCUAGAACUCUCUGCCAUGGUGGAGCGUCAAAGCCUGCAAUCUCAGACGCUGUACAACGUCUCUGCCCAUGUCCAGUGUGACCUAACGCAACAACCGCCGGUUCACUCGGGCACCAUGCGAUCGGCCAAUCUGGCCCGGAAACACAUGACUGUCGAGGAGCACAAGUGCCAGACCAAAGUCACCCCCAAUCGCUGCCUGCAAUCCCGCUAUACUGAGCGACCCCAGCGAUUUCACACGCGCAGUAACGCCGAGUUUCGGAGAAGAACCAUGACGUCUUAG